AUGACAGGCCCCCAUCAAGACCAUGAUCAGUUGGCUUGGUUGGGAACUGGGCCAAUACCCAUUUUUUCAGACUUUAUGAGCCAAUUAUCCGCUGUGUCCGAGCGGUUAACGCCCAUGUCCACAACACCAAUCUGUACUGCGCACGCGCACCUGCUUGAGACUCUGCAAACGUCGGUUCGAUCCCCGCUCGCCCGCCACCUCGCCAUUGCGCUUUACAUGAGAGGACGCCUUUCCAUCCAAAGCUUUCACCGCACGUCCUCCUCCACAACCAGCAGCCACCUCACCCUAAGCACUGCCUGCUCCAGCUCCUCCAGGUCCCCUGCACCCUGCGCCACAGGCAAUCAUCUGUCAUCUUCGGCGCAGAGAGGAGUUCAGCUGGACAGAGAAACCUUCUCUUGUCCCAUCUGUCUGGAUCUACUGAAGGAUCCAGUGACUACUCCCUGUGGACACAGCUACUGCAUGAACUGUAUUAAAAGCUUCUGGGAUGAAGAGGACGAGAAGAAAGUCCACAGCUGCCCUCAGUGCAGGCAGACCUUCACAUCGAGGCCUGUCCUGCUGAAAAACACCAUGUUAGCAGUUUUAGUGGAGGAACUGAAGAAGGAACAUAAAGGCCACGACACAGUCUCAGCUGCAGCAGAGAGGACUGAGAGGCAGAGAGAGCUGGAGGUGAGUCGACAAAACAUCCAGCAGAGAAUCCAGGACAGAGAGAAAGAUGUGAAGCUGCUUCAACAGGAGGUGGAGGCUAUCAAUCGCUCUGCUGAUAAAGCAGUGGAGGACAGUGAGAAGAUCUUCACUGAGCUGAUGCGCCUCAUGGAGAAAAGACGUCGGUAUUUGAAGUACAAGGUCAGAUCCCAGCAGGAAAGUGAAGUGAGUGGAGUCAAAGAGCUUGAGGAGAAGCUGGAGCAGGAGAUCACUGAGCUGAAGAGGAAAGACGCUGAGCUGAUGAAGCUCUCACACACAGAGGAUCACACCCAGUUUCUACACAACUACUCCUCACUGUCACCACUCAGUGAAUCUACAGACUCAUCCAGCAUCAAUAUCCGUCCUCUGAGGUACUUUGGGGAUGUGACAGCGGCUGUGUUAGAUAUUGCAGAAAAACUAGAAGACGUUAUGUGUGAGGAAUGGACAAACAUCUUACAGACAGUGACUGAUGUGGGUGUUCUCCUGUCACAACCGGAGCCCAAGACCAGAGCUGGAUUCUUAAAAUAUUCAUGUGACGUCAUAAUGGAUCCAAACACAGCACACACAAAGCUGUUAUUAUCUGAGGGGAACAGGAAAGCAACAGUAAUGGGUAAAAAACAAUCUUAUUCAAGUCACCCAGACAGAUUCACUGAAAAUUGUCAGGUCCUGAGUAGAGAGAGUCUGACUGGACGUUGUUACUGGGAGGUGGAGUGGAGAGGAGGUGGAGUUGGUGUAGCAGUCACAUACAAGAAUAUCAGCAGAGCAGGGGAUGAAAGUGUAUUUGGGCGCAAUGACAAAUCUUGGGUGCUGGAUUGUGGAAAAACCUGUUAUCACUUCUGGUACAACAACAUCCGCACUCCUGUCUCAGGUCCUCAGUCCUCCAGAGUAGGAGUGUACCUGGAUCACAGUGCAGGUAUUCUGUCCUUCUACAGCGUCUCUGAAACCAUGACUCUCCUCCACAGAGUCCAGACCACAUUCACUCAGCCUCUCUAUGCUGGACUUUGGCUUCAACCAUAUGAUUCUGUAGGAGACACUGCUGAGUUCUGUACACCCAGCAGUUUCUCAGCGGACGUCACCAAUUAA